AUGCUGUCCCCAUCCGAUGAUGCCCAUGUGUGCACCUCUAGACAGCGCCAUGGACUUCUGAAAGAUGAAUUUCUACAGCAGGACGUGGAUGAGUAUGGACCCUAUUUAGCCCAUGUUCGGGCAGAGACAGAAACAGUGGUGGUGUCAAAGGCUGCUUGUGCCUUAGCAGGGCUGGGAUUGGGACAGGAAACAGAAUCGGCAAACACAGGAGGAAAAGAGCCCAGAUCUGGACUUAAUGUCGACUCUGAGCACCUGACCUUGCCUGAGAGCUAUUUCCUGAUCUCCAAGCUGGCCUCAGCAGGUACCUUCCGGGCGCUGAAGGAGCCCCUUGCCUUCCUGCGAGCCCUAGAACUGCUUUUUGCAAUCUUUGCAUUUGCAACAUGUGGUGGCUAUUCUGGAGGCCUGCGGCUGAGUGUGGACUGUGCCAACAAGACGGAAAGUGACCUCAGCAUUGACGUGGCGUUUGCCUACCCAUUCAGGUUGCACCAGGUGACCUUCGAGGUGCCCACCUGCGAGGGGAAGGAGCGACAGAAGGUGUCCUUGAUUGGGGACUCCUCGUCCUCGGCAGAGUUCUUCGUCACCGUCGCCGUCUUCGCCUUCCUCUACUCCUUGGCCGCCACUGUCGUUUACAUUUUCUUCCAGAACAAGUAUCGAGAGAACAACCGGGGUCCACUCAUUGAUUUCAUCGUCACGGUAGUCUUUUCGUUCUUGUGGUUGGUGGGUUCAUCAGCUUGGGCAAAAGGACUGUCUGAUGUCAAGGUCGCUACAGAUCCCAAAGAAGUAUUGUUACUGAUGUCAGCUUGCAAACAGCCAUCCAACAAAUGCACGGCUGUCCACAGCGCUGUGAUGUCCAGCCUAAACACUUCUGUGGUCUUUGGAUUCUUGAACUUUAUCCUCUGGGCUGGAAACAUCUGGUUUGUUUUCAAGGAGACCGGCUGGCAUUCCUCGAGCCAGAGAUAUCUUUCAGACCCCAUGGAGAAGCACUCCAGUAGCUACAACCAAGGCGGGUACAACCAAGACAGCUAUGGGUCAAGCAGUGGGUACAACCAGCAGGCGAGUUUGGGGCCAUCCUCAGAUGAGUUUGGCCAACAGUCUGCUGCCCCUGCUUCUUUUACCAAUCAGAUGUAA